GGUUAGAGUCCACGUGGUGAGGUCUGGAACCACUAACCCGGUUGUACACUUAUCACCAUGGUUGAGACCCGUAGUGGGUUAGACACGAGCCCCUAUACUAAGGAGCAACAAGAAAAGAUGGCCGCCUUAGUGAGAGAGAACAGGGAGAGGAAAGAGCGCGAGAAGCAGGCGAAGCUAAAGGAGAUUGCAGAGGAACAGGCGGCGAGGAUGAAGGAAUUGGAAGAGGAGAUGGAGAAAAAGAAGAAGGCUGCUGAAGAGGAAGCGGCAGUAGAAAAAGAAAAAGAAAGAAUGAGGAUUGAGAGCAGAGAGGGAAGUAGUGGCACGAAGAGAGACACAGACGCAGAGAUGGAAAAAAAAAUAAGUGAGUGGGUUGCUAACUUAUCGUUGGGAGAAGAUGAGGAGGCACAGAUGUAUGUGCCACCGGAAGAGAAAGAGGCGUUUGCCAGGGCCCUCGAAGUAAUUAAGGACCCCUUUGAACGUCAAGAGGCCGAGGAGGAGAAGAGACUGGAAUGGAAACUGAGGAUGAAAAGGGAGCAGAAGAGGAGAAGGGAGGAAGCCAACCGGUUGACCGCAGAGGUGGAAAAGGUGCGGGCGUGUAGACAGGAAGUCCAGGCGCAGGCAAAUGUUUCUGCCAAGAUGGAUAAGAUGUUGGGAUACUUAGAGGUGUUGAGUGAGGCCUGGCUAGAGGAACGGCACGCCAAUCAGGGCCAGGAUAUUACCCUGAAAGCUAUGCGGUCAGGUUUUAGAGAGUUUGCGCGCGAGAUCGUUACCCACAUUGGGGGCGAAGUCCGGCAACUGAGGGAUAAUGUAGGGAAGUACUGCGAAGGCGCCAUUGAGGGUGCCAAAGCCAUAGCCGCUGUAGUGGGCAAGGCCAGACCCCGUAAGGACCCGGUUAAACUUAAGUUUCCAAACGCGUACGGGGGAAAGAAAGAAGAAAACUUUGACAACUGGGAAGCCAGUGUCAACAGUUACAUCUAUCUACAGCACAUCCUGUCAGAGGAACAAGUCCUCGUGGCCUUCCAGGCCCUGAAGGAUGAAGCGGCUAGUUUUUCCAGGUCUCUUGCACACGCAGCCGGUUGUGAAAACAACCUGGUUGCUUACUCUAAAGUUACCCCCCUUCCUGGAUUCCUCAAGCUCCUGAAGGAGCGAUUUGCAGACCCAACGAGAGGCAUUCGUGCCUCUGACAAGCUACAAACAAUCCACUCACGGCAGUGGAGGAGUGCGCGAGCACUCAAGGGUGUCAUGGACGACCUGGUGGCUGUCCCAGACCACGGGGUCACUGAGACCCAAUUGGUCCAGUUAUUCUAUCGUGCCAUGCCUGAGCCCCUGACGGGGCACUUCUUUGAUAAGACCCAGCAAGCCGGCAUCACCUAUGAUGCGUUGAGUAGGGAAGUGGUCAUGUUCAAGUCAAAGUCCAUGCCAGUUACCACCUUUUGGCACAAGGACUUAGAGAAGGGAAAAGGGACGUCCCUCACAGGUGUGGCAGAAGAGUUAAAGGAGAGAAUGCCAGCCUGGGCCAAGAUGAAGAAAGAGAGUAAAGGACAGCUGAUCUUGGUAGACAUAGAAGUGUUUAGAAGUAGAGUAGGGGCCCUCAUAGACUCAGGGGCUACCCGUAGUUACAUCAGCCGCAGGGCGCUGAAGAAGUUGAGGCUGGGACAAAAAGUCCAGAAAUUGGCAGACCCCAUAGUCAGUGUCCUCGUAGACAACCGCACGAUGCGAGUUGAGGACUAUGUAGAGGGAGUCCAGGCGUACUUUCGCCUAGAGAAAGAUGGGAAGGUGGAGAAAGUUCUCCAUUCCCUGACUCUCCUCGUACAGGAUGACCUUCCUUUUGAUGUGGUGUUAGGAAUGGAUUGGGGAGAGGCAGCAGGGGCCACACUUCAUUUGAGAGAGCAUGAGUGUAGGCUCCCUAGUCCGACAASCGAGGUUAAGACUGCCCGCCUGUUUCAUGUGUCAGGUGUAGACAACACCUUGGCACAUUGCUGGCUCAGUGCUCCCACGUUCGCGCGGUUAGUAAAGAAGGAGCGGUUAGAGGAACAGGUCUUUGUAGUCUGUGUGAGACCUGUCACUGAGGCUAAGGAAGAGGUCACUUCCACAGAUCCGACAAUUGCCAAGCUGCUGGAAGAGUUUAAAGAUUUGACUGAGUCGCCGACAGGAGUAGUGCCGCGACCCAUCCAGCACAGGAUAGAGAUAGAGCCUGGGAGUAGAACUCCUAACGGUGCAGUCUACAGGAUGUCCCCUAGAGAGUUAGAGGAGCUUCGCAAGCAGUUAGACGAGCUCCUCGAAAAAGGUGACAGCCGUCGGUGGCUAUGGUGGGCUGGUGGACGUAAUAUCCGAAUUCGGAAGUCACCUUGCAAUAUGGUGCUGCAAAUGACAGCCUAAUCAUUUGACAACCCCCAUAGUUCUCAACAUCUCAAACGUCCAUACUGUCUACAUGGCAGCAUCUUUCGUGAUAAGAGUAUUCCUCUCUGAAGUUAAAUCUUAACCUCCGGCACCACACUUUAUCAGGGCUGUUGUCGGCAACAUAUUCAUGUGUCUGUUUUAGCAUCUUCUUUACAGUGUUUAGUACUUUUUACACUGUUUUGGACUUCAGACCCCCCUGCGAAUGUCGCCACUGCUCUCUCAACUUUCGGCUUUCCAAUUUAGUGCAUGUUGUCUGUGAUUCUCUGGUACAACCCAGCAUUUGGCAGCAAGCACAUCAACAGGCGGGAGAGGAAAGUCUCAAGUCUUACACAUGUCAGUGGUUUGUUUUGUGCGUUUUGUGUUCUCCACCCUUGUGGACGCUUUUUGCCUUAGCAAUCAUGGUGCACAAUGGAAACGAUGAGAAACUGGAGCUAGAUUUCCUGAGGCAGUGAAUGACUCUAGAGUAGCAGAACUAAGUUCAACUAACCCUUCUUCUCGCCACACUUCCUGACACAAACCAGUUUCUCACCAUACUCAUGGAACAACCAUCUUCUCUCUUCAGUAUUCAGCCUGAGCGGCGGGCGCAGUGCACUUUUUGUCACCUGGGCAGUGGAAGAAAGGGUGGAAGGCUUGCAUUUCCAAGUCCUUUGCCGGAAGUAGUAUUGUUCACACUCCAUCUCCUUGGCCAAUUAUUCUUCUUGCUCUUCUAUUGACUGUCUGAAAAAAGUCUCUUCUGAACCUUCGUGAGAAGCGCCUCUCAGCAGCUGGUGUCUCCGCUGCCUUAGAUCUCGCCUCCUCUUCCCUUUUCUCUCCUUUGUGUGGGCUGUGGCUUUCUUCCUUCCCCCACAUUCUCAUAAGGAAUGGUAGAAAGGAUGGCUCAAGUUGUGGUAUAUGAGAUGGUAGAAGGGAUGGUAGAAAGGAACAGUAGGGAGGAUGAGUGAGAGACAAUAUGAUAGAAGGGAGCUCUAUUACACAGCACAACAGACAAGACCCUUCUAUUACACAGCACAACAGACAAGACCCUUCAGCUCCUAUGGUUCUGUACGCGUUGGUUCUAUCAG